GACCGCCUUACCUGCCCUGCUCCUUGAUGCUCACACAUAGAUUCUUGCCCACGGUUACCCGGUCUAUCUUCGUGGUUCCUCUUCCCAUUCCUGUUCUUCCCCGUACCUUCGCCGCUACCGUCUUCUGUCUCAUGAGGCGACGCCCUGUUCCCUGGCCAUGCCUUCUCGUGCUUUGUGUAACGCUUUCGCCCAUCUGACAUGGGUUUUCGCUUACUGCGCCCCCACCACCAUCGCCAUCGACUUGCACCAUCUGCUCGACCAUGUAGUACAUAACGGCAUAUAAGACCCCGGGCCGUGAGCCUCCCUCAGGCCAUAUGUCAUUUGUUCUACUCAUCACAAAGAUCACUAAGACCGUUUCUUGAGCAUCAUCCAACCUUAACAACUACCACUUGUACUUCUUAUUCAUUCGACUUGAACGUAGUCGAAGCACACCACCACCCAUGCUUUCAUCACGAGCAUCCACUAGACUCUGCGUGCCGAAGCAAGUCGCCCAUUUGGCCCGGGCAGCAUCACUGCACAACAUUAGCACCUCAUCCUUUGUGGGCUACUACCACCCGGCCGCCGGCCUCCGGAUCUCGGCCGUCGCAUCGCUCCAGCCCGGCAGCAGCGGCAGCCGGUCUUUCUCGACGACGCCCGCCACCCGGCUCAGAGACUUCUUCCCCGCCAAGGAGACGGAGCACAUCCGCAGGACGGCCCCAGCAUGGCCGCAUCCGGGCUACACCGAGCAGCAGAUGCACGACAUCGUGCCGGACCACCGCGAGCCGCGCAGUUUUGGCGACUGGGCGGCCUGGAAGUUCGUUCGCCUCGCGCGGUGGUGCAUGGAUCGGGCGACGGGGCUGGGAAAGGACCAGCAGGUCGACAAGAAGAACAUGACGACAUCCCUAGUCGCCGACAAGCCCCUGACCGAAGCACAAUGGCUGGUUCGGUUCAUAUUCCUCGAGAGUAUCGCUGGAGUCCCGGGCAUGGUAGCCGGCAUGCUGCGGCACCUCGGCAGCCUUCGCCGUAUGAAGCGCGAUAACGGUUGGAUCGAGUCCCUCCUCGAGGAGAGUUUCAACGAAAGGAUGCAUCUGUUGACAUUCAUGAAGAUGUCGGAGCCGGGCUGGUUCAUGAAGAUCAUGAUCCUCGGUGCCCAGGGCGUCUUCUUCAACGGCAUGUUCCUGUCGUACCUCAUCGCGCCUAAAAUCACUCACCGUUUCGUCGGGUACCUCGAGGAGGAGGCAGUACACACGUACACGCGCUGCCUAUACGAAAUUGACUUGGGCCUCUUGCCCAAGUGGUCCGAUCCCAACUUCACCAUCCCCGACAUCGCGGUUCAGUAUUGGAGGAUCCCCGAAGGGAAAAGGACGAUGAAGGACCUGAUCAUGUACAUCAGAGCUGACGAGGCCGUUCACCGAGGCGUCAACCAUACUCUGGGAAACCUCAACCAAAAGGAAGACCCCAACCCCUUUGUCAGCGAGUACAAAGACGGCGAGAAACCCAACGCGGCGCUGAGAUCCCAGGGGUUCGAACGUGAAGAGGUCAUCUAAAAGACCGCCAAUCAAGGAGGUCACUUGCAUGACUCGGCUUCGACCCUCCGACAAACGGGGUCAUCACCGUCUUGACGGAUACCGGAUUUCCUUGCGUUUGACUAAGAAUUGUAAAAAGAAAGAAAGAAAGAAAGAAAGCCGCCGACGAUACCACUAGAAUGGGGGCGACUGUUCGGCGUACAGGCGUUGGUUUGUUGGGAUUCGGAGACGAGCAGGCCCCACUCAUUGUACAAUACUGUGAGAGACAUCUUCGUUCAGAUAUGCUGGAAAUCGUUAGAUUCCAAAUUUCAUUUUUCACCUCGGUUGAUAGAAAUUGAGAGGCGAGAACGCUUUAUAAGCGGAAACACA